AUGCUUCGAAAAGUGGCUUUGGGAUCUGGAGUGAUCGCGUUGAUACCAACGAUCAGCGCUGCGACUCCUGUUCAGGAGAGUUCGAAAGAACCUUUAAAACCACCGCUAAUGAGACUCUCUGAGCUGCCAAUAUACGAGGCACCACAUGCUGAAUAUGGCGAAUACAUAAAAUCAAAAGCAAAGGCUGAGAAAAAUAGCUACCUAAGAUCAGUAAUACAUCCACAAGUUCAAGCAGUACGAGAGAUAGCCGAAAUUGGCAUAGCUCACACUGAAUCGCUUUUACAUACUGUUCAAGACAAUUAUCAUGAGCUUCGGGACAGAACUGAAUGGAUUGUCCAGUACCUAAGAGAGGAAGAUAACAAGGAAAUUCGAUAUGGAGCUGUUGCUAUGGGAGGACUUACAGGAUUUAUAUUUGGCCUUAGAGGAGGCAUUAUUAGGAGAGUAUUUUAUGCCGGUAUUGGCACCAUGGCAAUGGGCGGUAUAUGCUUCCCUGAAGAGACAAAAGAAAUAGCAAAGAGAAAUGGGGCUUUAGCCAAACAGUAUAUUAAUAUUGCUUACAACUUCUUGUAUGGUGUGAAACCCGGUGACCCACAACUUGAGGUAAAGUUCCCCGAACUGUCCUUGCCUAAGAAUGUCUCUGAGUUAACGCAGUUGACAAUAAACCACUGGAGAGUAAAGAAUAGGAGCAUUGCAUCAGAGAAAUGUGAAGUAGAAUGUUUUGAAGACCUCUUAUUUAUUACAAUAUUAUGUUAG